AUGGCGAGACCCGGCGCUGCAUGCCCACCGCCCGGUCGCCGGGUGAUGGUGGCCGCCCGGACGCUGCUCUUUUGGGCGCUGGUGUACAGCUACUGCGGAGUGUGUGUCUGCAUCGCUGGGCUGCGGCUGCUCUGGAGCAUCGGCCGGCGCCCGGGCGAGACCUUCCGCUGGGUAGUUCGGGAGAACCCCCCCGCCUGCCUCAACGAUCCCUCCCUGGGUACCCACUGCUACGUCCGGAUCAAGGAUUCUGGGUUAAGAUUCCACUAUGUGGCAGCUGGAGAAAGGGGUAAACCACUCAUGCUGCUGCUUCAUGGCUUUCCAGAAUUCUGGUAUUCUUGGCGCCAUCAAUUGCGGGAAUUUAAAAGUGAAUAUCGAGUGGUGGCCCUGGAUUUGAGAGGUUAUGGAGAGACAGAUGCUCCUUCUCACAAAGAAAAUUACAAGUUAGACUGCCUGAUAACAGAUAUCAAGGAUAUUUUGGAAUCUCUAGGAUACAACAAGUGUGUGUUGAUUGGCCAUGACUGGGGAGGAAUGAUCGCUUGGUUAGUGGCUAUAUGUUACCCUGAAAUGGUGACCAAGCUGAUUGUGGUUAAUUUCCCUCAUCCUUCUGUGUUUACAGAAUACAUUCUACGACAUCCAUCACAAUUGAUUAAAUCUGGUUACUACUUCUUUUUCCAAAUGCCAUGGUUUCCUGAAUUCAUGUUUACAGUAAAUGAUUUCAAGGUUCUGAGAAGUUUAUUUACCAGCCAGGCCACUGGAAUUGGAAGGAAAGGCUGCAGAUUAACAGCAGAGGAUAUUGAAGCUUAUCUCUAUGUCUUUUCCCAACCCGGAGCAUUAACUGGACCCAUUAACCAUUACAGAAAUAUUUUCAGCUGCCUACCUCUGCAGCACCAUGAAGUUGUCAUGCCAACUCUGCUGUUAUGGGGAGAAGGAGAUGCAUUUAUGGAAGUUGAGAUGGCAGAAAUUACACGAAUUUAUGUUAAAAAUCACUUCAGAUUAACUAUUUUAUCUGAAGCCAGUCAUUGGCUCCAGCAGGAUCAGCCUGACAUAGUGAACAAGUUGAUAUGGACCUUUCUAAAGGAAGAGACAACAAGAAAAAGAGAAUGA